AUGAUUAGACUUGAGUCUAUUACUGUUGACUUUGAACUUGCCGUAAAAAAUACAUUUUAUAAACAUUUUCCACAUGUUAAAGUAAAAGGAUGUCUUUUUCAUUAUGAAAAAGCACUUUUUCGAAAUUUCGUCAAUUUAAAUUUAAAAACACCAUUUCAACAUGAUGAAAGUUUACGUGUCUGGUUUAGAAGCUUUGCUGCAAUUGCACUUUUACCAGAAACGGAUGUGGAUGAAGCAAGUCAAUAUUUAUACUCAAGAAAGCCAUUAUUAUAUGAAAAAGAGAUUGAUUCAUUUUUGGAAUAUCAUGAUAAAACGUAUGGUAUUAAUAGUAAUUUUCCACGAACAAUGUAUAAUCACUAUAGAAAUCUUAAUCCACGUACAAUAAAUUAUCUUGAAGGACGUCAUAAUAGAUGGAAAAAAAGAGCUAUAAAACCUCAUAAUGAUAUAUAUGCAUGUAUUGAUAUGUUUAAAAAUGAACAACUAUUAGCUGCAGAUGAAAGACAAAGACAUGAAGCAGGAGCAGCUCCACCGAAACGUCGAAAAAAUACUCGAAUAGCCGAAGAAUCAUUGAGUCGAUUAUGGGAUAAAUUAGAAAAAAAUCAAAUUAGUAGAGAAAAUUUUUUAAAAUAUGCUGGACUUCGUUAUUUUCAAUACUUAAAAAUUGAAUGA